ACAAACGCAGCACAGGAGCGUUUGCCAUUUUCUCCACCAACAGUAACACUGUUUGCUUCUCCUGAGAGCCUUUUUAUAAAAAUAGUGUUAAGGCCGCGUUUGGGUAAAUCAAAUGUCCAUGGGAACCGACACCACCUGGGUCGGCAAAAAGCCUCUCAGACGCAUUGGAGGCAUGUCCGAUGCUCUCUCCAUCGCAGCCGAUCUUGGAUUUUCUGUUGCACCUCCUCCUUCUCAGGAAGAACUCCAGAACUUAUCCAUAGCCACUGGAGAAAAAGGUGACGACUUGAUUAGGGUUUUAAGAGAAUUAACCACUGUACAAAGAAAAAUAGCAGAUCUACAAGUGGAACUACAAGGUCGAAAGGAUGACAAAAAUGUGGCACAUUUGACACAUGUGAGUGAAAUGGAAAAGAAGAUUGAGACUUUGGCUAGAAUUACUACUAUACUGAAGGAUGUCAUUCAGAAUAAGGACCGUAUUAUAGCCCGUCUUCAACAACCAUAUUCACUGGAUUGUAUUCCAGUGGAAGCAGAAUAUCAGAAACAAUUUUCAGAAUUACUGAUGAAGGCUGCAAGUGAUUAUGGUGCUUUGACAGCAUCUGUUUCGGAUUUCCAGUGGAGUCAGAACUUUAAGGAGUCUCCUUCAAUAUGGGGGGAAAUGCUACGCCCUAUUCCUGUUGCUUUAGCAUCCUGUACCCGAUUCUUUGAAGCAAUGUCUGCCAUGAGAGAAUCAUUUGCUACUCUCCAAAAUUUGAGAGUAGGUGAUUCAGUUUCCUCUUUGCCAAAAACACCAGCAAAUGAUCCUUCACAGAGACUACCAGGAGAUUCAGAUUGUGCGACUCCUCCGCCUUGGAGAAAUGAAUCCAGUUUCGAUGACUUAGCAGUGAAAAGCCAAAGGAAACAAGAACUUGAGAGGCAAGAAGCAGAUGAUGAAAGUAGUGAAAUGGGUGACUCUAAUCAAGUUGAUGGCACAAGUCAUAGAAGAUUGUCUUGGCCUCCAUCAGUUAAAAAGAAUGGUAUAUAAUCAACGACCUUGCAAAAUUCAAAUUGUGUGUUUUCCUCGGAAUGAAUUUUGUGUACAAUAUUUUCAAUGUUCAUGAUGUUGAAUUAGAAGUGAAAUAUACCUCGAAAUCUUCAUUCACUUGUCACUUGUGCAGUUAAAACGACUCGUGGAAAUUCUUGUAUUUGGUAGACACCAUUUGUUGUCUGCUCAAUCUCGAUGUGUUUCAAUCUAUAGUCUAUUGGCCAAAUA